UUUAUUACGUUUCAUGUAGCCCAAGCUGGUUUUGAACUCAAUGUAAUUGAUAAUGUAAAGAUAAACUUGCAGUCCUGAUUACUAGUGCCUCCUCCUCCCAAAUUUUGGGCUCACGUGUUUGCCAAUCUGCUAGCCUUUGAUAGGGUUUCAAUAAAAGUAAAACCGUUGAGAUUAAACUCUGUGAAAUUGACUCUAACUUCAUUGGCGUAGGAAUAAGAGACAGCACAAGUUCAAUUUAUAACCUUGAACCCAGCGAAGAUGUUAGCCAAGAAUAGCGGACUACUCAUAAGAGGAAAGAAAAUAGCCUUUCAGCGCUAUCAGGAGCUGAUAGGGCCCUGGAUAUUUAAUUUCACGCGAAAGUUGCAGGGCAUGCCCAUUCAAAUUUCUUCCAACAAAUCACAAAGGCGUAUAGACACUUUCUUAUCCGUUUAUUGGUCAAAUGGAAAUCCCAGCCCUCCCUACCUCCCGCCUCUCACUAGGGAGCCAAUUGGAAAAACUUAGGUUUCAUCAUCAAGUACUGUACUUGCUAUUGGCUGUCCGAGCUGUCAAUCUAGGGAAGGCGGGCCAGGCCGAACUGUCCUAUUUAAGAAGAGGACAAAGGCGGCGCGCAGCUUGUGUCGUCCGCCAUUUUGUGCUCAGCAAGGUGGCAACCACGUUCCCUGAGCGACUUCUCCGCUUCUGCCUCGACCGCCCCUUGACUACAGCUAUGUCUCGGGAUCGGUUCCGGAGUCGCGGUGGCGGCGGUGGAGGCUUUCACCGGCGUGGAGGAGGUGGCGGCCGCGGCGGCCUUCACGACUUCCGCUCUCCGCCGCCGGGCAUGGGCCUCAACCAGAACCGCGGCCCCAUGGGCCCGGGCCCUGGCGGCCCGAAGCCGCCGCUCCCGCCUCCACCUCCUCACCAGCAGCAGCAGCAGCCGCCGCCGCAGCAGCCUCCGCCGCAGCAGCCGCCGCCGCACCAGCAGCCGCCGCCGCACCAGCCGCCCCAUCAACAGCCCCCGCCUCCGCCGCAGGAAUCCAAGCCCGUCGUCCCCCAAGGCCCCGGCUCGGCGCCGGGGGUGAGCAGUGCGCCUCCGCCGGCGGUCUCGGCUCCGCCCGCCAACCCCCCGACCACCGGCGCCCCUCCGGGCCCUGGUCCAACCCCGACUCCGCCGCCCGCCGUCCCCUCCACCGCCCCCGGACCGCCUCCCCCAUCGACGCCGAGCAGCGGAGUCUCGACCACCCCUCCACAGACCGGCGGCCCUCCGCCACCGCCCGCCGGGGGCGCCGGGCCGGGGCCUAAGCCGGGGCCAGGCCCUGGCGGUCCAAAAGGCGGCAAGAUGCCCGGUGGGCCUAAGCCUGGAGGUGGCCCGGGCAUGGGCGCUCCUGGUGGCCACCCGAAGCCACCACACCGAGGUGGCGGCGAGCCCCGUGGGGGCCGGCAGCAUCAUGCGCCCUACCACCAGCAGCACCACCAGGGGCCCCCUCCCGGCGGACCGGGACCGCGCACGGAGGAGAAGAUCUCCGACUCGGAGGGAUUUAAAGCCAACUUGUCUCUCUUGCGGAGGCCUGGAGAAAAAACUUACACACAGCGCUGUCGGUUGUUUGUGGGGAAUCUACCUGCUGAUAUCACAGAGGAUGAAUUCAAAAGACUGUUUGCUAAAUACGGAGAACCCGGAGAAGUUUUUAUCAACAAAGGCAAAGGGUUCGGGUUCAUUAAGCUUGAAUCUAGAGCCUUGGCUGAAAUCGCCAAAGCUGAGCUUGAUGAUACUCCCAUGAGAGGUAGACAGCUUCGGGUUCGAUUUGCCACACACGCUGCAGCCCUGUCUGUUCGAAAUCUCUCUCCUUAUGUUUCCAACGAACUUUUGGAAGAGGCCUUUAGCCAGUUUGGUCCUAUUGAAAGGGCUGUUGUAAUUGUGGAUGAUCGCGGAAGAUCUACAGGGAAAGGCAUUGUUGAGUUUGCUUCCAAGCCAGCAGCAAGAAAAGCAUUUGAAAGAUGCAGUGAAGGUGUUUUCCUACUGACAACGACUCCUCGCCCAGUCAUUGUGGAACCACUUGAACAGUUAGAUGACGAAGAUGGUCUUCCUGAAAAGCUGGCCCAGAAGAAUCCAAUGUAUCAAAAGGAGAGAGAAACACCACCUCGUUUUGCUCAGCAUGGCACAUUUGAGUAUGAAUAUUCUCAACGAUGGAAGUCCUUGGAUGAAAUGGAAAAACAGCAAAGGGAACAAGUUGAAAAAAACAUGAAGGAUGCUAAAGACAAAUUGGAAAGUGAAAUGGAAGAUGCUUACCAUGAACACCAAGCAAAUCUUUUGCGCCAAGAUCUGAUGAGACGCCAGGAAGAAUUAAGGCGCAUGGAGGAACUUCACAGUCAAGAAAUGCAGAAACGUAAAGAAAUGCAGUUGAGGCAAGAGGAGGAACGGCGUAGACGAGAGGAAGAGAUGAUGAUUCGCCAACGUGAGAUGGAAGAACAAAUGAGACGCCAACGAGAAGAAAGUUACAGCAGGAUGGGCUACAUGGAUCCAAGAGAAAGAGACAUGAGAAUGGGUGGUGGUGGAACAAUGAACAUGGGAGAUCCCUAUGGUUCAGGAGGCCAGAAAUUUCCACCACUAGGUGGUGGUGGUGGCAUAGGUUAUGAAGCUAAUCCUGGAGUUCCACCAGCAACCAUGAGUGGUUCCAUGAUGGGAAGCGACAUGCGUACUGAGCGCUUUGGGCAGGGAGGUGCGGGUCCUGUGGGUGGACAGGGUCCUAGAGGAAUGGGGCCUGGAACUCCAGCAGGAUAUGGUAGAGGGAGAGAAGAGUAUGAAGGGCCAAAUAAAAAACCCCGAUUUUAGAUAUUUAGGCUUUCAUUCUAGUUUGGUUUUGUCUUUUCUUGUUUAGAUACCACUUAAAUUCUUGGCAUUUUAGUAAGCAAGCUACCUUUUUAUGGAUGUUAGCAGUUUAUUGACCUGAUAUUUGUAAAUGGCCUGUUUGGGCAGGUAAAAUUAUGUAACGCAGUGUUCAAAACAGGAGAAAAAAUUUUUUCAUUUACUUUUUUUUUUAACUGUAUAAUGUUUCUCAAGUUAAUGGCAGUGUACCUUGUGCCACCGAAUUUCCAAAGUGUACCAUUUUUUUUUUACUGUGCUUCAAAUAAAUAGAAAAAAUAGUUAUAAUACUGAUCUUCAACUUUGCUAUUCAUGCUUCUAUGCACAUUAGGCUAGGUAUUUCACUUGGAAAGCAUGAGCGUGUGUAGGCCUUUGAGUGGCAUAAGCCAUUUCUGGGAAAUGUAACAGGAGGCUAAGUACUGCUUUCUACAAAUGGUGCCCCCCCUUGUUAAAAAGAAAUGCAUACUGAAGUAAUUAGGAUUUGUUUGGCAUUAUAGGAAGCAGGCUGGUGCUCAGCAUUUUUAAAUGGUUAUGUUAGAAAAGUUGAACUUGCAAGUCUUAAUUCAGGAACAUGUAUUAAGAUUAUGGAUGGGUGAAAACUAUUGGUAGUGAGAGAAAGAGUUUGUUAUUUUGGUUAAAUGGAUCCCUUAUGGCCCUAUCUAUGAUUCUUUCCUUGAAAGCUUUUGAAAAUGGAAAGAUCAUCUUGUUGCGUUUCUCCCUGUUGUUUUUUAAAAGAAUCCCAAGCCCUACAAAUGGCUUGUACUGAACUUUUGCAUUUGAAUUAAAGAUUGUUAAACAUGAAGCCUUUUCAUGUAUUACUUCAAGUGAUUUAAAAGAUGGGACUUAGUCGGGAAUUUUAACUUGAAGAGUUAAGGGUUAGCCAACUAUAAGGACUAGCCUUAUGUACUCUAACAUACACCUUCCUGUGUUACUUCUAUGGAGCAAAGUCUGUAGUCUGAAAAUACUGGUUCUCUUGGAGAACUAGUGGUGACUGUUACCAAGUAGGACUGUCAAGUAGUCUCACUAUGGAGUUGAACUGUUUUUAUAUAUCAGUCUUACAGUGUAGCAUUAAACCUGGAGAUAGUUGCUUAGGCUACAUAGUAAAAAUAUGCUUUCCUCCCACCAUAAGCUUGGGGAUGUUUUGAUGAUGUCAGUUCAUUGUUAACUUCAUUGAAUUUCCUUUCGUUAGAGCAAGAGACUUUCUGACUUGAUGAUAAUAAAGUAGAUUGGUUACUGUUGGGAGCUUGAUUUCUUCCCAGUGUAAAGAUGUUAAGAGGAAAAUUAACAGUACAGAAAGUAAUUGAAUAGCUUGGCUCUGUUCUUAGUUACAUUUCCAUUCAAGUCUAUACAUUCUAGAACUUUCACUUAGAAUGUCUUCAUCCUUUUCACCUCUAUCCUUGGUGCUAAUUGGCAAAAGAAAUUCUAAAUCACUUGCUGAGGUUGAAUAUUGUGCUUGAGUACAAAAGGAGACCUAUUGUGGAAACGUACUUCAUGCAUACAUAGGAAAGUUGUACUAUUUAAAGUAAAACACUACUGGAUUAUAAAAAGCAUGUCAUCAAAUGGUUGUAUGACUGACAGGUUUACAGUGUAUUAAGGGGAAAAUCCUUAGAAAGUGCAUUCAUUUUUUUAUCACCAGUACACUUGGAAAUAGGUAGUUCUAUUAUAAUUAACAGCAAUCAGAAAGUUAUUGGUCCAACUGAAGUUAAUUGGUGAUACAUGAAGGUUUUCUGUAUGGAAACAAAGGUCUGGAUUUGAAGGAGCUCUUUUGGUUGAAAUUGUAAUAGUAGGGACCAUAAUAAUGAGAAAAUUGAGGGGUGUUCAUGGGACACCCAUGGAGGGUGAAUUUGAAUGUAUAUGGGUGGGGGCUGGAGGGGAAAUGGGAAAAUCUGCCUAUAAAAUUAAUGUUUCAGUUUAUUUUUCAGAUUACAUGCCUUUAUAAGGGAUGCUGGCACAGACCCCUAAAAUAAGCUUUUGGUAGUAGUAUACCCUUGAAGAGUGGUGAAAGGAUGCUUAAAGGAUAAUGUCCGCAGAUUGUGGCUUUUGAUAGCCUUUAUUGUGGGCUGUAGAGCUGCUAAACAGUGUUUAGCAGAUAAAGGUUACAUAGUGUCAGCCAACAUGACCAGUGAAAUUGUACCAAGGGUUGUAAGCUACUGAGACUUUCAACAAGUCUUACAUGUGAUGGUUUUAGCCUGCUAGUGAUUUUAAAUCAUCUUGAGCAGUUGAACCAAAAGCUAACAGAGAAACUUAGGGUGGAAGGGGAGGAUGUUAGGGUGUAGUUUAGGCAUUUUUUUCCCUUUGAAGAAAUCACUUGCCCCCAUUUCUUACUUCACUUUAUCAAAAUUUUGUUUACAGAGGACACUUAGAACAUUUCUCCUUUUAAAGUUAGAUUCUGUAAGACCAGUAGUAUAAUAGGCAUGCCAUAAGCUGAACCCAUCCCAUUGAUAUCUUUAUGUGGUGAUAAUUAUCUUAAAACCCACCACUCUAUAUUUGUGUUGUACCACUAAUAUCAACAUAAUUUGGGAAAUUGUAAUCUUACACCUGUGUAAUUCUUACAAGUGGCAUAUCAUAUGGCAGAUAAAAAUUUAGGUACUUGGCUUGGACAAGCCACAAAGUUGUGGCGGAAUGUUUUGUGGUGUUCUUGGACUGCAAUUGUGCACUAUUAAAGUAGUGGCCUGCUACAUAACUGCAUUUAGCCAGCAUUUCUGCAGUGCGUAACUGUGAGGAACGUAGUACCGCAAAUGGCAAUGGACAUUAGGACCCGGAUGUAGUAUUCCUGCUUGCUCCAAGAUUCUCAUUGCCGACUGCAUACAGGUAGGUAACAAGCAAUAUAAUCUAACUUGGUGACUUGCUAUGUGCUUUUAUUCAGUGGGCAUUCUGACAUCACACUUCUGACAGUGAAAUUACAGUGCAGCACCUAAUACUUGUAUGAUAAGCUAGGUUAGUUCAAAAUCUGGGUCUUGGGUUAGAGCUGUAAUUUGUUAGGAAGAAUUCAGUGUUGUAGUUCUCAAAAAAACGUGAAUCCUUGUGUCUUGACUCAGUUUUGUGGUUUUCUUUAGUUACAUUGUAACUGAAGAUAAAAGGGAACACAGCUGGUUGGUGGGUGAGGGAACCAAACCAUACUUGACCUGGGGUGCACAGAGCACCUUGGUUAAGAAUGUAGUAUGUGAUACUCUCCUUAGUAGCAAACUUGACCUCUCAUUGGUCAGCAAUGUCUAAUUCAUUAUGCAAUCUUGAUAGCACUGCAAGUUGAAUAAAUUAAGACUAAAUGACAUAGAGUGGUGGGUUUUUUUCCUGGGUUUUGUUUCUUUUUGUAAUGUGAUCAACAUUUUCUAGGUUUGGGCUUCAUGGAAAGAGUUGUUACUAACUUGGGUUUAGAUGGGGAUCUUACAAAAAGUUCAAGUUAUGUGGCUUGUCUGAAUGUUUAUACUCCAAACUUGGGGGAAACUAGUGUGAAAGUGACUUAUAUUUGAAAACAUGUUGGGAAUCAUUCCCCACCAUAAGACUUCGUCGUAUUCUGUAGAGUGAGUACAUUUGUUCAGUGUAGCUCUUUGAACUUCCCUAGCUUUAGGGAUGUGAUUGAUUAUAGUCUAAACUGUUUUAGAAUACCUAAGUCUUCAAAGCACCUUCCUUGUUGCUUAGGACUUGAACUUUCUAUCAACUGUUGUUCCAGACCUCAAUUCAGGUUACCCUUGGUGUUUAACUAGCAUGCAUGAGAAAACAGCUACACUUGUAAUGCUUUCUGCUCUAUAACUGGAAAGUUUGGUUCAUUUUGCAUACGUGCCGCUGAAAGCUUCAGGACUGUGAGAAUUUCCUUUCUGUGCAUCAAGAAAAAAUGACUUGCUCUUUGUCAGGCAAGUCAGAUGGUGGGGUAGUUACUCCAAGCAAGCAACUUGUGAUUGCUGAUAGAUGAAAUCAGUAUGGUGACUUAACUUUUUAUACAAUACAGAUCAAACAGUGUGACAUGAGAAUCACUAACCUGCCUGAAACCCUCCUGGGGGAAUUGAAGUGUCAUAGUCUGUAUAAAUCGGUAGCAGGUGCCUGUUACCGUGGCUCAGCGAUUUUGAAUGUAAACGAAAGCUCAGACUUGCUUCUGAACAGAAACAGAUUGGAGAGAUUAUAUUUGAACAUAGACUUGGGAUGGGGUGAUUCCCCCCCCCCCCUCCUUGGUCUGCUUUAAGAUUAUUAGGCCUUUGUACAUGAGAUCUAGAAACUAUUGACUUAAGGUAGAGUACUGCUAGUUAAUUUGAAUGAAAGUGUAAGUUGUGAAUUUUAAUAGUAUAUUGGGUUUUUAAAACAUUCAAAAAAAAAGGCUGGGAAAUAAAUGGGUUCCAGUAAUACUAUAUGCUAAGGUGCUUGCAUUGUAUUUCAUAAAUCUUGUUGCAACCAAAAUUAUUUUUUUAAUGAAAACUAAGUUCAGAGGUGUGAUGCCAGAAUGUAUUAUCUACUAUCGUACUGUUAGGCCCUUGGAGCAGUUCCCGGUGCUUCCUGAAAGAUGAAAUGGGCACUCAGACAAGGCUGCCUGCAGCCUCCCAGCAAUGCAUACUCUGACUCUCCCUAAUGAAGAGAUGCGUGUGAUUAGUUUUGGUCUUUAACCUUAUUGGGGGUGCAUGUCUCCUAUUGUUAAUCAUUGUCAGCUGCAGUGACAUGAUCCACAGUCCUGCAUUUCCCGCUGCCUUUUGUGUUAAUGAUCUUGGACAGGUUUUAGAGCUAUGGGGUGUUUGUUUUGGGCUGUUUCUUGGUUUUGGCUUUAGCUGAUAAUGUCAGUGCUGUCUAGCUAGUGUAGUUCUUAAUGGCUCCCUACUAGGGAGAGAAUCUGGAGGAUUUAACUGCUCCUUUUAUCUGUCAUUGCUGCUAGAUAAUGAUUGGCAAUUUUUUAGACUCAAAUAUGGAAAUCUCAACAGUGAUUGGUAAACAACCAACCAUAGAAAUAAUGUUUUUGAACACCAGUGCUGGAGAAAAAAAUGAAGAUGAAAAGGGCCUGGACAUAAAAUAGGGAUAAUUGGAGAAGGGGGAAAGAAUGCAAAACAAUAUAGUAUCCCUUAUGGAUGGUCAAUGUGCAACAGAGAACUAUUGUAUACCUGUGGCAGUAAUGGUACCCGGGGUUGGGGUCGGGUGGAGAACAACCUGGAACUUGAAUUUAAGGAUGAGCUCUGCGUUUCUUGUGCACUGUGCCAGGUGUCUAUAGUGAAGGCUAAUGACUUACUUCUCCCUUAGAAGAAAGAAUCUUUUUCUUUUUUUUUUUGCUGUCCCAAUAAUGCAUAGUUGAGGAUGUGGAGAACAAAAAUUGAAGCAAAUACAUAGGAUUGCAGGGUAAAGAACUGCAGUGUUGUGUGCUUGCUGUAGGAAAAGGGUCGAAGCACUAAGAAUGAAAGUCACCAAAUUGACUGGGGAAGCAGGGAACUUGUAAGCUGAUAGCUGCUUUAGUCAGGUAAACGUUGUCACAUACCUUCACAUAAGGGAUAGUAUAUUAUGGGUUGCAGUCAAACUUCAUUGUGCUCAGACUGGUGAAAAUAGGAAUUGGGCUUUUGCAUUUUAAAGAAGGUACUAGGCUUUUGCAUUUUAAAGAAGAUAGUUUUCUUUCUAAUUCUCUCAUCUACUUAUUACCUACUUAAAGGAUAAUUUUAGAUCCCCCUGCAUAAAGUUUCUUCCUUUUUUUUUUUUUUUUUUUUUUUUGUUUUUUAAUGCUACAACUUAUUCCAGUCUGUAAUCUCUGGAAUUUUUUGCUCUUUAGAAUUUGGAAGUUAACUAGCAUUUUUCAAGCCUUUAUUAUAUACCCUUGUCUUUUAUACUAACGUUUAUUUAUUAUUCUUUAGGUAAGAAUGAUUGAUGUUGGCUGAUUUUGGAGUCUUAUUUACUUGAGGCGGAAUUAGAUGUUCUCAAGACAGCACACAACAUGGGUCAGCUAAAAAGGAAAGCCACAAAUUACUUAGACUGACAAAGACUCUAGGAUCAAGUGAGCUGUAUCAGAAAAUGAGUCAAGACGAAAGAGGAAUGAAUUUGACAUUAAUAAAUCUUUCAGGUUCCAUCAGUUUAUUUACCAGUUCCUGCUCAACAGCUAUCAGAGCCAGGCUACUAAGUUUCUCUUGUCCCAUGGUACGAAGUAAGUAUGUUUUAAGAUGAGACAGCGUGGAAAAUGACUUCUCAUUAUUUGCUGAAGUAAUUGGCCAAGAUAAAGCAAUAUGCAACAGCUUCGUGAUACAAGGAAUAUUAUUGUGGAGAGCAUGCUGAAUAAACAAAGAGCCUAGGUCAAUGAAGCUUAAGGACCCAUCCUCUGCGAUGAAGUUGAAACCUGCAUACUGCCGGUAAAAUCGGAGCUCGGGAAUGAUGUCUGCAUCAAGCUUAUAGAAUUCCUGGAUGUGCUUGGCUGUUGCUUCAUUUAAUGGCUCAUUCCACUUAAGUAACAGCUCUGAAAUUUGUUUCAUUUUACAAUAGUCAAACUCUGAAAAAUAUAACUUUAAAUGUUUUAAUACCGUGUCCAGACCUUGGUAGUAAAUAUUAAAUUUAUAUUGUUCAUCUGCUGAAGUAGGAAAAAACAUAUGCUCUGAGUUGCCAGGAUCUACUGUUCUUUGAACUUUUCUUCUUUUUUGAAAAGAGGGUUUCUCAACAUCAAAACCCUUACUGGUUAUCUUUUUACAUAUUUCAUCUGCUCCAUCCCAGAUAUUUUUAAAGUAUGUAUCAUUCCUUUCAGAAGAUAAACAUUCCAAAAUUGCUUCUAUUUUUGAAAACAAAGAAAAGAUGUCAACAGUUUCACUUUGAAACUCUCUAGAAAGAAUCCCUGUGAUACUGAGUACUCGAUAAAGAAAUUUCAAACAAAAUAUAAAUUCAAACUUGGUAACCAUGGCCAACAGGUCCUCCAGCUCGGCAGCCACAGCUGUGCCUGCGCACCGGCGUGACACUGACGCCAGCACCUCAACGACCUCCGGAAGGCAGUCCGUCACGGCCAGCAGCAAAUGGUCGUGGGCUGGCCAACACGACUGUGACGUGUGUUUCUUACAAGUUUUAUUUAGACUUAGCUUACACAUGGUUUGCAAACUUGCCAACAUUUCUUCAGACACAUGAACUGUGUUGAACAAAGAGCAGAGAGUGUGUAGUGCCUCGCGGAGCUCCUUCACCUCCUUACAGAAGCUAAUCACCGCUAACUCCAAAAAAUGGGCGUGACAAUGCACAUAGAGAGCUCUUGGCUCUUCCUUCUUGAAUUCUGCUACAACUUCAUUCAAUUUUACCGUAAAAUUUGUGGCACUAUCAUAGGCUUGGCCACAUAUUUUAUUAAAAUCAACUCCAACCUGCUGCAGGUAAGCUUUGAUCCGCCCAUGCACGUGGACCCCAGUCACCUCCUCGGCAGUCACAAACCCCAGGAACCUUUCCUUAACCAAGACAGCACUUGGCGUCUUUUGUGGGUACCUCACACACACGGAAAGCUGUCUCUCAGCGGCACUACCAGCUAUCUCCUCGCAGAUUAUUGAAAAGGCUGAGGAGGCGUUGAUCUCACUCACGAUGUCUUGCAACAUUUCAUCCUUUAUCAUUUCAAUAAUCUCCUCCUGGACAAGCGUGCUGCUAUAGAAGUCCACGUGGGAACUCAUGAGCUGAAAUACCUCUCCUCUAUCUCUUGCUCUAAGUUCUAGCAAUUCCAAAAAACUGCCUUUAUUCAUGGGUGAAACAGACUGGUCAUUUCCUUUUAACAGCAAGCACUGUUUUCCAAGAAAUAAAAUGUUCUCAAUGAUGAGCCUUAGGUACUUUUUAUUUCCUUCAAUCUGUUUUGAAUAAACAGAUGAAUUGUCACACGGAAUAGCAUCGAGAAACUGGUAUUGCCUCCAAAAUUGCAGUGACUUUAAGUGCACGUCACUUUCUUCAUGCUUUCUGAAAUUUCCCAGCAUUUUCUCCCAGUCAGCAGUUCCUUGGGUUGCAAAAGCUUCUCUCCGACAGCUAAAUUUUUUCUGGAAGAACAAGUAGCAAGAAUAGCAGAAUGCGAUAUUGUCUGCAGGGCUGGGAUGCAGAUGCUGGAGAGCUGGGCUCCAGGGCUCUCCCGGAGGCUCUGUCUUAAUGUUCUGUUCUGUUAAUGUGGACUUUGAGAGACACAGCCUAUCAUUUCCUUCCAUGGAUUUCUCACUGUUGUUCUCUACUCCCUCACCGGGAGCAGCUGUGUCCUCACAGAGCACCGAGCAAGGUGGGAGGAGGCCUGGCUGGUCCGCACUAUUACCAACACCACUGCUGGACUCACUGGCUGAGUUCUUAGGACAAAUGGUAAAAUAAUACUUGUUUAAGCAGUUUUCAAAUAAUAAAAAUAUCAAAACAUAUCCAUUGCAAUAACACAGUAAAAUGAACAAGUUAUAGUAUAGGAUUCUCUAUAAGCAGCACUAACAUAAUUAUUUGCCAUCUAAAUUCAGCAUUCAGUGUUUAAAGGAGCUCUAGGUAUAUAACAGCAGAGAAAUAUUUUUAUUACUCAGAUGAUUAGAACUAUUCACUCAAAAGGAAGCUGGGCGUGGUGGCAUGCACCUUUAGUCCUAGCACUCUAGAGGCAGAGGCAGGUGGAUUUCUGUGAGUUCAAGGCCAGCCUGGUCUACAAAGUGAGUUCCAGGACAGCCAGGGCUACACAGAGAAACCCCGUCUCGAAAACAAAACAAAACAAAACAAAAACCCAACAAACAAACAAACAAACAAACAACAACAACAACAAAAACCCACAAAAGGUCAAUCAGAGAGAUGGCUCAGUGGUUAAGAGCACUGACUGCUCUUCCAGAGGUCCUGAGUUCAAUUCCCAGCAACCACAUGGUGGCUCACAACCAUCUGUAAUGGGAUCUAAUGCCCUCUUCUAGGGUGUCUGAUGUCAGCUAUGGUGUACGCAUAUAAAUAAAUUAAUUAAUUUUAAAAAUCAGGAUAAAACUUACGCUCAUGAUGACAUCUGUCGGUAGAGAAGAAAGUGUACCUGUCGAGACAAAUGAAAGCACAUAUUUGAGAUUUUACACUUUAAUAGCACCAUAAGCUCAUGAAGCUUAUUUCAUAUCAGCAAACAGACAGACAGAUUCAACAAUAUGACAAAACACUGUUUAUGUCAAACGUCUGUUUACCUUGUAAGAGAUCAGUGUUCACGACCAGGUCAACAUGAUUAUUUACUAACGACAUUAUAUUGCUUAUAACUGGAUAUUUCUUUGGACAGAGAUUCUCUUUUGAAGAACUGUGCACCAUGGAUACAUUAACUGACAAAAAUAAACAAAAUUAGUUUGUUAUAACCAAGCAGAAAACACUGUCUAAUAGUAAGUGGUUUUGUGCUGAGGGUUAUAGAACUCAGUGGGAGAAUGCUUGCCCACCAUAACACCUGGUGGGCAUCGAGCCCAGGGCCUCAGACAGUCUGGGCUGACAACUGACAACAUUACCAGUCUGUUUGGAUUUUUUUUUCUUUUUGAAUAAAGAUUAUUUCAUUUGU